AUGAAUUUUCCUACAACACUGAGUGAAGAAGAUAGACUUUACAGAGCACCUUGGUUUACUGUUCUUGCUUGUAAUGUAAUCUUGUACAUUAUAGCAUAGAGAAUAAAGGAUAAUGGAAUCGUAGAUAUUUCCUGGGGACUUGUAUUUCUAAUGCCAAAUUUAGCUAUCUUAACUAUCAAUUACAAUCUGAACAUGCGUACUUAUUUAGUUACCUCCAUGAUUACAGUAUGGGCGAUUAGAAUGGCUUUGAGCAAUGGCCUUAGACAUAACGGGGAAGAUUGGCGAUAUGCUGAGAUGAGGUAAAAUUGGAUGAAAAAGGGCAAGUGCUUCUACUACGUUGCUGCUUUUGUGUUCAUCUAUUUCACAUAAACCAUCUUUCAAUGUCUGAUGUGUUGUUCUUCAUUCUACAUAAAUGCUUUCUCUCCUGACAUCAAAGAAUAUGAAAUUUUGGAUUAUAUAGGAGCUGGAGUCUGGUUUAUUGGGUUUUUAAUAGAAUUAGUGGCAGACUUGCAAUUAUAGAUUUUUAGGAGGAAUCCAAUUAAUAAAGGGAAGCUUUUAACCACAGGUUUGUGGAAAUUUUCGCGUCAUCCUAAUUAUUUUGGAGAAGCACUCCUAUGGUGGGGAAUUUACAUCAUCGCUUGCACAAUCAAGAUGGGCUGGAUUACAGUUUUCUCGCCUGUCAUAUUAACCUUUCUAUUGAGAUUUGUGUCAGGGGUUCCUCUUCUUGAAAAUAAAUACAAAGAGAGGCAGGACUUUAAAAAUUAUGUCAAAUAAACAAACUGUUUUAUUCUCUGGAUCCCUUCAAAAGUAGAGACAGUUGUUGAGGAAUUCAGUCUCAACUCAACCAGAAGUUUGUAGAUGCUAAAAGAAAUAGACCUUGAGAGAGAGGAAGUUAAAUCCAUCAGUAGCAAUGAAGAUGAAUUUGUUAAGAAAAAGCCUUCUGUUGCUAUCAGACCUAUCAUUGUAUGA